CGGAUGAUUACGUUGCGGGGAAAAUACUUCUAAGAGUUAUCCGUUUACUCGGUUCCUUUUGUGAUAUUUGGGUAACCGUAAUUCGUUUCCAAAUGACGCGGUAUGUAGGCAGUUGUUUCAUUACUCUGUUCGUGCUGUUCCUGUGGCGGGUCGAAGACAUCGCAGAUGCUUGCAAAUGCUCCCCUCCGCAUCCCCAAAAAGCUUUUUGCGAUGCAGAAAUCGUGAUCAGGGCGAAGGUGGUUGGAAAGAAAAUGGUGUCUAACGCCAUCAAGUAUGACAUCCAACAGAUCAAGAUGUUCAAAUGCCCAGACCAGGUUAUCCACACCAUCUUCACUGCACCAUCCCCAGCCGCAUGCGGUGUGACUCUGGACCUCAACAAGGAGUAUCUCUUCACAGGCAAGCUGGAGACUGGAAGGAUGUCUGUAACACUGUGUGGCUAUAAUCCGCCCUGGGAGGACUUGAGUGCUGCACAAAAGAAAAGCUUGACUCACCGCUACCAAAGUGGCUGUGAUUGCAAGAUCAUCCACUGCACUUCGCUCCCCUGUCCAAUCAGCACCACAGAUUCAUGCCUGUGGAUGGACUGGGGGACAAACAAUGGCCGAAACCUUGCCUGUAUCAAGAGUAAUGGUUCUUGUGCUUGGAAGUAGUUCCUAGAUAUUGGGGACUCCUAUACUCUACAGGCCAUCUGCUUACUGACUCCAGAUGACAAAGCUGCGAAUGUGUAGUUUUAAAUGAACCAACAUGUCUUACUGGUCACUUCUUGUAAAAUAAACAGAACAAAUAUAGCAUU